AUGGUGAAUCCCCUCCUCAUCUUCCUCCCCUUCCUCAGUGUCAUCGCCUUGCCCGGCACCAUCGACGCCGCAGGGCCGGACCCCUGCGCAGGACGACGGAUCCACAUACGCGGCCUGCCCCCACACUUCAACACCGCCCUCCUCCGCCAUUGCGGCGCCAACGCCUUCCCGCUCGCCGACCCAUCCGUCGCGGCCACCUCGGUCCCACCCUACGAGUCGCUCGCCGACCACGGGCUCGGCCCUCGCACUCACCCUCGCAACCGGUCCUGGUACCGCAACGACGCGAGGCUCCUAGAGGCCUUCUUCCACCACCGCAUCCUGGAACGGGACUUCCUCGCCGACGACCCAGCCGAUGCCAGCUUUCACGUGUUCCUGCCCUACUACGCGGCUCUUGACGCACUGCCGUACGUGAUCGAUCUGGCCCUGCUUGACGAAUCCACGAGGCACGGUGUGGCGCUGGCGGAGUUCCUGUCGCCGGACAAGGCGCAUAUCCUGUCUCGCCGGCACGGGCAUGACCAUUUCCUGGUGGUCGCGGGGUCCGCGUGGGACUACGCGCAGUCGCUGGGCGUGGAGCCGAGGCUAUGGGGCUCGACGUCGCUGCUGCGACUGCCGGGGCUGGCCAACUUCACAUCCCUGACUCUCGAGUCCUGCACGUGGCCAUGGCAGGAGCACGCGAUCCCGCACCCGACGUCCUUCCACCCAUCGUUUCUCGGCCACCUCCGCGUGUGGCUCGCCCGCGCGCGUCGUUCGCGUUGUGCCACGCUUAUGCUCUUCGCGGGCGGCGCCUCCCACCCGUGCCGGCCAUUGCUAGGACAAACGGUGCUGGGAUAUAGAUGGACGGUCUAG